AUGCCGCAUUGGACUGCUCUAGUCGCAGAGAAGAAACAGAGGCAGCUCAAGUCCAUUCCACAGGAGUGGCUUGUGACUCCGCCUCCACCCUCUACUCUGGAUGUGACUGGUUUUCCAGAGUCGUGUGGCCUUCUGAAUGCCCGAGAAAUUAAAAUCACCAAUACUUCGGUGGAUGUUUUAUUGAAGAAACUUGCAACUGCAGAAUGGACAGCCGUAGAAGUGACCACCGCAUUUUCCAAGAGGGCCAUUGUUGCCCAUCAGCUUGUCAAUUGCUUGACGGAAAUCUUCAUUGAUCGUGCACUGGCCCGAGCGGCUGAACUCGACGAUUAUCUGAAGAAAACAGGGAAGGUGGUUGGUCCCCUUCACGGGCUGCCCAUCUCUCUAAAGGACCAACUAUGCAUCAAAGGACUAGAAACCACUAUGGGUUAUGUCUCGUGGAUCGGGCAGUAUGAGGAGAAAAAUGCAGUGUUGGUCGAUAUCCUGAUUGAGUGCGGAGCCGUGCCGUUCGUCCGCACCAACGUUCCGCAGACACUUAUGUGGCCAGAAACCUUGAAUAGUAUCUUCGGCCGGACAACUAACCCAUAUAACGUCUCCCUGACCCCAGGUGGGUCAUCAGGAGGAGAGGGUGCAUUGAUUGCCCUAAAGGGAAGUCCAUUGGGAGUCGGUUCUGAUAUCGGAGGCUCUAUUCGUGCUCCCUCUGCAUUCUGCGGAAUAUACGGUCUGAGGCCAUCAUAUGGGCGUGUACCGUACUGUGGUGCUCGCAACUCACUUGAGGGCGAAGACUCUAUUCUCUCCGUGUUCGGUCCUAUGUCAAACAGUCUCCGCGGGCUCAGGAUCUUUAUGAAAGCUGUCGCUAACUCUAAACCGUGGCUCAAGGACCCUCUUGCAGUUCGAAAGAAAUGGGAUGAAGACGAGUAUGAACUCGCGGACCACGGUUCUGGCAAGUAUUUGUGCUUUGCGAUCAUGUGGGACGAUGGCGUUGUUGUUCCCCACCCACCUAUCAAGAGGUCUCUGGAAAUCACCAAAGCGGCUCUCCAGAAGGCUGGCCACAAAGUUGUUGACUGGAAACCCAUCAAGCACAAAUUGCUCGAAGAGAUCGCGGGGAACAUCUGGAAUGCCGGCUCUGCCGAGGACUUCAUGAUCACGACCUCUAGCACAGGGGAGCCAAUAAUUUCCACCAUGGAGCUGGAAGACGCACAUGCUAUGACGCCAUCCUUCCGUCCGAAAAAUGACCACUGGAACGCAACUGCUUCUGAGACUGGGACAGGACGUGCCGUCGAUGCUAUCAUUUGUCCAGCCGCACCGUUUGCUGCAACUCCCCAUGGGAAAUUCACGCGAGUGUUUUUGUACUGCAACUAUACUACCGUUUGGAAUGCACUCGACUAUCCUGCUGCGAUUUUCCCUGUGACUACCGUCGACCCCACUCUUGAUGGGAAGAAACCUCCUCAUAGUUUCUAUGAUGACUUCGACAAGGACAUUUAUGAAAUGUAUGACCCAGAGAAAUUCAAGAACGCUCCUGUCUGUUUGCAACUUGUCGGUCGGACUCUGGAGGAGGAAGCGGUCAUCAAAAUGACAGAAAUUGUGGAUGCGGCGCUGGCCGCGGCCCAAUAA